AUUAGUUGCAGCGAUGCGCUGGCAAACCCAGAAAACCUGUAAGUGAGCGGAAUACAGAAUGUGAAGUUAAUUGCACAUGUUUGCCUCAUUUCAAAGCGACUGCUUUGCUUUUUUUUUUUUUUUUAAUUCUUGAUAGCCAGACUAGAAGACAGUGGACGCAUGCUUAACGUACUGAAUUUUCGAAAAUGUCACUGAUAGAAACUUAAGUGGUAAAUGUGGUCAGGAUACAGCAGGCUACAAUGGGAAGCUAGAUGUUGGGUGAGCUUCGGGGUUGAGGUUGGAAGUUCAUUUCGUGGGAAGAGAGGGAUAACUUGAAUGUUGGGGAGAAAUGCAUGCCUUUACUUUCGCAAAGGAAUCGGAGGACUGGGGAAAUCAGAAGCCUGGACUUACUUGCAGAUUAGACCAGUGGGGAAAAUCCUCAGCUUAAUUGCAUUAACCAGAUAGCAUGUGCUGGGGAGAUGGGAUUGCCAGAUGGAAUUUAGAUGCUGCACCAGGCAGCGAGUUGUAGUUGCCUGGGAAAAGUACAUACAGCCUGAGGGCUGGGGCUGGGCUGAGGCUGGGGUGGUUAGAAGCUGUCAAAACUCAUCAUUGCCAGAAUUGAGGACUCUGAUUCACGGAUUCCAAGGAUCGUAAUUCAGAUUUAAAAGAAGACUGCUAAUUUGGGGCCGAAUCUUUGAGCCUAUACCGGAUAUGAGAUUCCCUUUGUUCAGAAAAGCGUAAAUAAGAUCCUUGGAGCUGUGAGUGUGAAGUGGCGGCUGCUUGGGAGCCUCGCGGUGCUGGGCGCUGGGCAGUGGAUUCUAAGCCCUGUCCUUGGUCCUACGCAGCGGAGCCCGCCUUCCGGGAAAGGGGGAUCCACUGGCAGGCGCGAGGCAGAGGCGUCGCAGCUACCCAGGGAGCUGAGUCGGCUGUAUAGCCCUCAGCCCCUCCUCGCAGCUCCCCUUCCUCGAGUAGCUAUUGUUAAAACUGACGCCGGGAGAAAGAUGGUUGGGGACGAGACGCUGGGCAGACAGGCACACGCUCCAUUUUAACUUUUGUGAUUUCUCCGGGUGCAGGGGAAAACAGCCGACUUUCUACUGCGAAAGAGCGAAUCCGGACGGCAACUCCAAACUAACAUGGCAGUCAGACUGUGUGAUGUGGCUUCUCUGCUUAGAAGCGGUUCGUGGGCAGCAGAGCCUUGGACCGGGCAGGUAAUUGCUGCCAUGGAAACACAACUGUCUAAUGGGCCAACUUGCAAUAACACAGCCAAUGGUCCAACCACUGUAAACAACAACUGCUCCUCACCAGUUGACUCCGGGAACACGGAGGACAGCAAGACCAACCUAAUAGUCAACUACCUUCCUCAGAACAUGACACAGGAAGAACUAAAGAGUCUUUUUGGGAGCAUUGGUGAGAUAGAGUCCUGUAAGCUUGUAAGAGACAAAAUAACAGGGCAGAGCUUGGGUUAUGGCUUUGUGAACUACAUUGACCCCAAGGAUGCAGAGAAAGCUAUCAACACUCUGAAUGGAUUGAGACUUCAAACCAAAACAAUAAAAGUUUCCUAUGCUCGCCCAAGUUCAGCUUCUAUCAGAGAUGCAAACUUAUAUGUCAGUGGGCUUCCAAAAACCAUGACCCAGAAGGAGCUGGAGCAGCUGUUUUCACAGUAUGGGCGCAUCAUUACUUCUCGAAUUCUUGUCGACCAGGUCACUGGCAUAUCAAGGGGUGUAGGGUUUAUUCGAUUUGACAAGCGGAUUGAGGCAGAAGAAGCUAUCAAAGGCCUAAAUGGCCAGAAACCUCCUGGUGCCACAGAGCCAAUCACUGUAAAGUUUGCUAAUAAUCCAAGCCAAAAAACCAAUCAGGCCAUCCUUUCCCAGCUGUACCAGUCUCCAAACAGAAGGUACCCAGGACCGCUAGCUCAGCAGGCACAGCGUUUUAGGUUGGACAAUCUGCUCAAUAUGGCUUAUGGAGUGAAGAGUAGGUUUUCACCAAUGACGAUUGAUGGAAUGACCAGUCUGGCUGGAAUUAAUAUUCCUGGGCACCCUGGAACUGGCUGGUGCAUAUUUGUGUACAACCUGGCGCCUGAUGCAGAUGAAAGUAUCCUGUGGCAAAUGUUUGGGCCUUUUGGAGCUGUCACCAACGUGAAGGUCAUCCGUGACUUUAACACCAAUAAAUGCAAAGGUUUUGGAUUUGUGACUAUGACAAACUAUGAUGAGGCGGCCAUGGCGAUAGCUAGCCUCAAUGGAUACCGCCUGGGAGACAGAGUCCUGCAGGUCUCCUUUAAGACAAACAAAACGCACAAAGCCUAAUGAGCUCUUGUCCUCAGUCCAUUUAUAUAUGAAAACUAUACAACAAAAGCAAGUUAAGAGAAACUUUAUACAUUAGUAAAUGUCUUUGUAAGUCAGUGUUGAGAUGGGGAUAAAUGACUACUUAGCAUCCUAAGAAAUAUGUGAGAUUUUUUUAUUGCUAGUAUUUGAAUUAAAACUUCUUAAAUAUCUUUUAUGUUUGAAUAUGGACAAGAGGUACAGGGUUUUUACCUGUCACAUUGCAUUCUAUUGCCUUCUUUGAAGAAGGUGGACCUUUUAAAGUGUUUCAGCUAAGGGAAGACAUUUCUUUUCUUUUUACAUAACUGCCUUGAACCUGUGAGUAAGUACUGAGGCUUUGUGUUGUAGCUCUUCAGUUGGUUGUCUUUCCCCACCUCCUUAUCUUUCCUUUUCUUUCUCUUUCUUUUGUUUUUGUUUUUUUUUUCCAUUCUCUAAUUAGCUUUGUGUUUGGUUUACAUUUAAAGCAUUGCUGUUAUGUCUCAGAAAAGUAUUUUGAAGUUUACAUUUUUAUUUAUGAAGUUACAAACAGUAUUUAUUUUGUAAUUCUGAUUUGGGCUGGGGCAGGGGGGGCGACAUUAUAAACGCUUAUUGUAAGAAUACUGGAGAACUUUUCGUAAAGCAGUACCUUGCCAAAGAGAUAAGAGCCUCUUUGAUGUGGGUUUAAAAAAAGCAUCUAUUUUUAUAAAAAAGAAAAUUUGGAGAAACUUUUUACUGGUCCUGGAACAAAUAUUUUGACUUGAAUACUUUGAGAAAUCUCUUCAUAUGACACCUAGUGAGCUUUUAAAAUUUACCAGGAAAUUUGCAACGGUUGGAAAAUUUAGAAAGAUUUAUGAUGUAGAAAAAUACUUUUGAGAUCUUUGUAUGAGAGGAAUUGAGUCAGUGAGGGAACACUGCUGGUUUCAUUUUCGUAAUCACCAGUGGGGCGUCUGAUCAUCCUGGUUGUUAUGUGAUAGAUGGCUCACAUUGAUUUGUGAUUUUGAAACAAAUAAAAAAAAAUUUACAAAAGAAUAUAUAAGAGCAGGCAAGAAAUUUAAAUUACCAAGAGAUGGGGGAAAAUCUGUUCUUCCUAAAGAAAUCCCUUCAGAUAGAGCUCAUGGUGUUUAGUGAUGUACUUGCAGUAUCGUUUGAAGAAUUGUUUUGUCUUAAGGAAGAUAAGAUGUUGCACACGUUUGGAUUGCAGCAAGUCAGCAAAGGCGACCUGAGUUGGAUAUAUUUGAAGGUAUUUUGAGAGUUACGUUUAAGGCUAACACCUGAGCUUUGUGUGAUGUAAAUAAGACCUUGUGUUUAUGAACCUUUCAGCUAAUUUUAUUUUUUUCCCUUACAUAUCAAGUGAUGUUCAGGUUUUGAAUGUUUUGUAUCAGUUUUUUUCUUUGUAAAUGGCAUUAACAUUGUUACUUGAGGUCUUGCUUAUUCACUUCUGUUGUCCUGAGGACUUGAAUUUACAGUGCAUCAGAUUCGUUGGCUAAUUCUGUCUGUAGAUAGUCUAGCUUCAGCUGUUUAUGGUGAUGCUACAUUUUCGUUUAUAAAUAUGUUUGUGGUAAAAAAAGAAAAAUGAGUAUAACCAUAGGUUUUGAACAAAUUUCCUUACAUUUUUCAUACAAAAAUCAUAAAUAUCUGUAUGCUAUUGAAAUUUAACUUUGUAUGAUGCUUAAACCACUAUUUGGGGAAAUAAUAAAAUAAGUCUUUACCAUGUAUGAAAGAAAUUUUAAAAAAUACAAAAUAUUUUCUGAUUAGCAUCUAGCUUAUAAUAAAUUUUCAAAAAAGCUGAAGGCAACUGUUGCCUUCAUCAGGAUGCACUGAGAACUAUAUAGUUACGUCCUGCGUUUUGUAUAAACUGAGAUGCUCAUGUGCUUCCCCUUAGAACAGGCAAUGUGCUAUGCAUAACAUAGUUGUACAUUAUCUUUGCAGUUGCUUUGAGUUUUAUUUUUUAUUAUUUAAAAUUGUAGUUAUAAAAAUUUUCAGUAUAGUACAGUACAUAUACUGUGAGGCGCGUGCUAAAGUGAACAAGCGAGUUUUCAUGCUGACCCACUCAAUGCUAUUCAGAACUCAAUUGGCUUAGCACUUUCUCAUAUCCUUAGGUGCAUUUAGAUUGUCAGAGUUAACCUGCGUUAAAAAAAUAAAAUAAAAUACAUGUAUAUAUUUAAAAAAAAAAUAAGGUUUCCCUUGUGGGAAAACAGCAGCUACACGCUUCUUUCCUGUACUACUGUAGCAAACCAAGGCAUUGAUGAGAAGGCAUGCAAAUUGUGCUUCACUUUACAGUGUUUAUCAGAGCACUUAAUAAAAUGUAAGGCUGGUAUUUAUUUGAAGUUGUACAGUAUGACUUAAUUCACAUCUGUUGGAAUAGAAAAUAUAUUCUGUUGAGUAUUUAAGAGGCUGUACAUGUUUUCUUUUGUGUUUGGAUUCUUUGUGCUUUUUCAUGUUCGGUACAUCAAUAAACAAAGUUGAAGGGAAAA